AUGGCGGCGUACAGUCGCCUUCAGCUGGCCUGCCGGGAGGAUCUGACCCGCCUCUGCCCCAAACACACCUGGACCAACAACCUGGCCGUGCUGGAGUGCCUGCAGGAUCGCAGGGAGGAAACUGAGAUUGCUCCGGACUGUAACCAUCUCCUGUGGAACUACAAACUCAAUCUGACUACGGAUCCAAAGUUUGAGUCCGUGGCCAUCGAGGUCUGCAAGAGCACCAUUGCUGAGAUAAAGGAGUGUAAUGAAGAAGAGCGAGGGAGGGGCUACCUGGUGUCCUGCCUUGUGGAUCACCGUGGUAACAUCAGCGAGUACCAGUGUAACCAGUACAUCACGAAGAUGACCACUAUAAUCUUCAGUGACUUCAGACUGAUCUGUGGCUUCAUGGACAAAUGUAAAGAGGACAUCAACAAUCUGCACUGCGGCAGCAUCAAUGUAGGACACAAGGACAUCCAUUCCCAGGGUGAAGUGAUCGCCUGUCUGGAGAAGGCCCUGGUGAGGGAGGCGGAGCAGCAGGGUCAUGUUCGUCCAAUCAAAGAGGAGUGUAGGAGGGCAAUUCUGCGUGUGGCAGAGCUGUCAUCAGACGACUUCCACCUCGACCGACACCUUUACUUCUCAUGCCGAGAGGACAGAGAGAGAUUCUGCCAGAACACUCCAGCAGGAGAAGGCAAAGUCUACAAGUGUCUGUUCAAUCACAAGUUUGAAGAGGCAAUGUCAGAAAAGUGCCGUGAUGCUCUCACCACCCGUCAGAAGCUGAUUUCUCAGGACUACAGAGUCAGUUACUCUCUGGCUAAGGCCUGUAAGCUGGACCUGAGAAAACAGCGCUGCAGCCUGGACACCAACCUGCCUCGAGCCCGUGAGGCCCGACUGUCGUACCUGCUGCUGUGCCUGGAGGCCGCCGUGCACCGUGGUCGUCCGGUCAGUGGAGAGUGUCAGGGGGAGAUGCUGGACUACCGGCGGAUGCUGAUGGAGGAUUUCUCUCUGAGUCCAGAGAUUGUGCUGCACUGCCGGGCCGAGAUUGAGGCUCACUGCUCCGGACUGCAUCGCAAAGGCCGCACACUGCACUGCCUGAUGCGAAUCGGACGCGGCGAGCGCAGCACUGCAAUUGACAGCGUCUGCCAGAGCGCCCUGCAGACUCUUGUCCAAUCUGCCGACCCUGGAGCCGACUACCGGAUCGACCGAGCUCUCAACGAGGCCUGCGAGUCCGUCAUCCAGACCGCCUGCAAACACAUCCGCACUGGAGACCCCAUGAUCCUGUCGUGCCUGAUGGAGCAUCUGUACACAGAGAAAAUGGUGGAGGACUGUGAGCACCGUCUGCUGGAACUGCAGUACUUCAUAUCCAGAGACUGGAAACUGGACCCCAUCCUAUAUAAGAAGUGUCAGGGUGACGCCUCCCGGCUCUGCCACACACAUGGCUGGAAUGAGACAAGUGAGCUGAUGCCGCCGGGCGCAGUCUUCUCGUGCCUCUAUCGCCACGCCUACCGUACUGAGGAGCAGGGACGCCGGCUAUCUCGGGACUGUAAGGUGGAGGUUCAGAGGAUUCUCCACCAGAGGGCACUUGAUGUGAAGUUGGACCCUGAGCUGCAGAAGCGUUGCAUGUCCGACCUGGGCAAGUGGUGCAGUGAGAAGACAGACACUGGACAGGAGUUGGAGUGUCUGCAGGAUCAUUUGGAGGACCUGGUGUCUGCUUGCAGGGAUGUCGUGGGCAACCUGACAGAGCUGGAGUCAGAGGACAUCCAGAUUGACGCUCUGGUCAUUAGAGCCUGUGAACCUGUCAUCCAGACCCACUGCCAUGAUGUAGCUGAUAACCAGAUCGACACAGGGGAUCUGAUGGAGUGUCUGGUUCAGAAUAAACACCAGAAAGAAAUGAAUGACAAGUGCUCAGUCGGCGUUACACACUUCCAGCUGAUUCAAAUGAAGGACUUCCGGUUCUCCUAUAAGUUCAAGAUGGCCUGUAAGGAGGAUGUUUUGCGGUUGUGUCCAAACAUCAAGAAAAAAGUGGAUGUUGUCAUCUGCCUGAGCACCACAGUGAGGAAUGACACACUGCAGGAUGUCAGGGACCAGCGGGUUUCUCUGAAAUGUCGUAAACAGCUGCGCGUGGAGGAGCUAGAGAUGUCCGAAGAUAUUCGGCUGGAACCAGAGCUGUAUGAUCCCUGUAAGUCUGACAUUAGUCGACUUUGCCCCAAUGUGAACUUUGGGAAUGCUCAGAUGAUUGAGUGUCUGAAGGAGCAGAAGAAGCAGCUCAGUCAGCGCUGCCACCAGCGAAUCUUCCGGCUGCAGGAGGUGGAGAUGACUGACCCUGAGCUCGACUACCAGCUGAUGAGAGUCUGCAAGCAGAUGAUUAAGCGGUUCUGUACCGAGGCUGACACUAGAAACGUUCUUCAGUGUCUGAAACAGAACAAAAACAGCGAGCUAAUGGAUCCUAAGUGUAAACAGAUGAUCACAAAGCGACAGAUCACACAGAACACAGACUACAGACUGAACCCAGUCCUGAGGAAAGCUUGUCGAGCCGACAUCCCAAAGUUCUGCCAGUCCAUCCUGAACAAGGCGAGUGAGGACACUGAGCUGGAGGGUCAGGUCGUCGCUUGCCUCAAACUCAAAUACACUGACCAGAGGCUGUCGUCAGACUGUGAGGACCAGAUCAGAGUGAUCCUCCAGGAGUCGGCACUCGACUACAGACUGGACCCACAGCUACAGAUGCACUGCUCAGAUGAGAUCUCCAGACUGUGUGCUGAAGAGGCAGCAGCUCAGGAGCAGACCGGUCAGGUGGAAGAGUGUCUGAAAGUCAACCUGCUGAAGAUCAAACAGGAGGCCUGUAAAAAUGAAGUCCUGAACAUGCUGAAGGAGAGUAAGGCUGAUAUUUUUGUGGACCCCGUCCUCCACACAGCCUGCGCUCUGGACAUCAAACACCACUGUGCUGCCAUCACACCCGGCAGAGGACGACAGAUGUCGUGUCUGAUGGAGGCGUUGCAGGACAAGAGAGUCCGUCUGCAGCCUGAGUGUAAGAAGAGACUGCAAGACCGCAUUGACAUGUGGAGCUAUGCUGCAAAGGUGGCGCCGGCAGACGGCUUCUCAGACCUGGCAGUGCAGGUGAUGACAUCACCCUCCAAGAACUACAUCCUAUUUGUGAUCGCGCUGAGUGUCUGCGUCCUCUUCCUGGUGGGGCUGCUGUGUGGUCGGAUCACCAAGCAAGUGACAAGAGAACUAAAGGACCGGUAGAGAACAAGGACGGUGACGCUUCGGAAGACUUGCAUCUUCCCGGAUCUCCAUCCUCUUCGUACUCUUCCUCUCUCAGAUGCCCAGUCUAUAACCAAGGUGCACAGUGCCAACACCAGUGUGCACAUCGGGACCUCUUCCUCUGUUUAAAACUGUUUGGCUGCUGCUGCUGAAUAUUAGUGUCAAAUGCACAACAGUCCCCAGCUCACAAAAACUUUUUAUCUCCAUUUGGGCAUCUCCAAACUUCAAGAAGCUCUAAUUGUCUGAUUGGAGUGUUUUCCCUUGAUGAUUGUGUUUUUCCCCUCCAACAAAUCUAUUUCUCCCGAGGAUGUUGCUUGGGGCCGGCUUCUUUUAAGUUUCUAAACAAGCGCUGUUCAUGACUGUGACUGAGGGCUGCUUCUGAGGUUAGGCAUGCUUUCCACUCAUCAAGUCCUGAUGCUUCGCAUGAUAUUUAAUCGAGACUGGAGUAUGUAGAGCAACAGGAAAUAGUUUUUUUUUCUACUGUAAGUGACUGAGGCUACCUGAAUCGCACAAGGAGCAACCUGAAAUCUUGAGGCAAACUUUGAAAUCUGAGCUGUUCCUGUUGCUUUGAAACAUUUUUCUCAUCAACCAUAAAGUCAUAUCCAGAAUCCCGUCCAGCUCACCAGCUACAGCUGUCUACAUCUGGACCAGUUCAGGCCCACUCUGCCUGUUACUGAAAACCCCCACUGACUAAAAAUGAAGGUCAAGCUGGUCUCCCUUAUCAGGAACAUCGUGUACUUUUCUUUUAUUUAAAACCUUUGAUUAAAUGCUAAUGAAAUCUUAAAUCAUUUUCGCAUUCAAUUUUUAUGCCUAAUUUAUUGUUAAGGACCAAGUCUAAUUUCAGUUGAGAUUCAACUUUCUUUUGUGCACGUUUGAAUGUUUUCUUUGGUCAACCAUGCUAAACUUACCCACAGAGGUGAUUCAGUGAAAUCCACAGCAGGACAGACGGUGGAGCACAGCUGGGUGUUGUGAGGUGUGAAGGUUCAGAUUACAGCACUGGAGACCAAAAGAUUAGUUCUACCUUUAGAUUGGAAUUGUAAUACUUUUACCACGACCUAUUUAGUCCCUGUUGCCUUUAAUGAACAACCUGUCUCACAACAUGGGGAAGCUCCAUUUUCCCUGGUUUGCUUUGUUUUCGACCUCCAGAGGUCUGAUCGUUCAUGUAUAAAUCGCAUGCUGGAGGUCAGACUACACUGUCAAGCCUGCACUGAGCUGCUAUCACACAAGAUGCUUUCCCUCGGGCCUCAUUCUCUCUGCAGGUUUUAUUUUGUUUCUCCUCCAGUCCGGUGGUCUUAUGUUUUAUGUCUGUGUCCAGGGCCCCAUCAUCUCAUAAUCUGUGUAUGCCUGUAGGAUAUUUGGUGUUGCAAAUAGCAGCUAUUUAUUGAUAUUAUUUGAUAUAUGAAUAUUUUAUUAGAGCAUUCAUUUGAUGGGAUUCAUUUAGUACAGAGUGAACGAUGUAACUGUUGAUAGUGUACAGUUUAUUAUUCCCACAAACCAGGGCUUUAAAUUUGACUCGACAUAUUUUUACCCAUUUUACACACCUUAAAACUGUGCCUCCACCCCAUGUUUAAAGAGUUCUAAACCCUGCCCAGGACAUACCAAAUUGUAAUUUCUACAUUUGUUUUUGUAUAGAUUAAACAAAGAAGACAUUAGUUACUGAGCUUUAGCGAUGUUGGUAGGUGUAUAUUUUAAGCCCAAGUAGGACUUAACCCAUUUCCUGUCUCUGUGCUAGCUAAGCUAAUCAUCUCCUGGCUCCGACCGCCCAGCACCACACAGUUUGGUCCAUCACCCUCAAGUGGGUGAAUAAGUUAAGCAGCUGUAGGUGGUCUUGACUGAAGUCUGAGGCAUUGAGCGGGGCCUGUCCAGUUGUGGUGAUGAUGAUGAUGUGGUGUCUGGAUUGAAUUUGCAUAUGACUGAAUAUCUUAUUCAGGUAAAUUCUAAUUGCCUGAUGCGUUAGUAUGACUGUUGCUCAAACCUUGAGCUGACUAAUAUGAGAUGUACACAUCCAUUUUCACAACCAUAUCAUCUAUGGCAGCAAAAACUCAACUGGGUCACCCCAAAUGCAGCUGCAGACUUUCUAUAAACACCAAAAACUGUCAGGGUACGAGUUUGUUCUCUUAACACAGAUGUCCCAUUUAACACAAGCAGGUAUGGGGGGGGGGGAACUAACAAAAACAGACAUUACAAAGGGUGUUUGGCUUAAUGCUGAUAUGAAAAACACAAUCCCAUGAAUCAAUUGGCAAAACCAGGUUUAAAAAAAUUCUUUGCUCAGUAUUAUACAGAGCCCUAAAUGUAUUACUGUUUUGCAGGCAAAUGGCUUGAAACUCUAAUUAUACCAAGAAAAAAAAACAAAACAAAUUUUACUUUUUUCUAGGUACUGAAUGGUAAAUUUUGAACUUGAUGUACGUCACAUCUGCAGCCCAGUUUGUUCACCAACAUCAGCUGAUUGGACAAUGAGCCUCAUUCAGUUUGUAAAAUUAACAAGAACUUUGUUUAACAAAUGUUUUGCAGCUUUUUGUUGUACAUCAUUAUCCGUGAAUGAUUAAAAACACAGAACACCGUGACAAAGUUGAAUAAUGUGACAUACACUAUUUCCUGUACACUUACAAAAGUUAAUGAUGCUAAGUUAACAUUGCAAAUCAUUUAUGAGCAGGUUCUUGAAGGACUGUGUGAAAAAAGGAAAACGUCUUCUACGUGAAGGCCAAGUUGAUCAAUCGUCAGUUGAGGAAAAAAAAACCUUGAUGUUUUGAGCUUUUCUAAAUGGUUUUUAUGUUCUUGUGUCUGCUGAAGUCAGAUGUUGGGUCAGAGUGAUUUGACAGGAAAUAAAGACACCUGUUAUAACCAGU